UCCAAUAUUCGCAGCAAGUCAAAAAUUUCAGUACUGGGCAUUAAUGCUAGCAUCUGCAUACAUAUGUGUAAAUAUGCUGUAAUUCAGUGAUCAGCACUAAUAUAACCAAGUCACAGAGGUUUUUUUUCAGAUCUAAUUGCUAAAGAUACUGUCAAAACAAAUUUUUUAGUUGUCUUUUUUGUAUCAAGACAGUUCUCAUAAAUAUAGAGAUUGUAUCUUUAUUAUGAACAAUACUUAAUAGUUAUACGAAACUAAAACUCGCCAGUUUUGAAAAGUGAACACAACAUGCGUAUGACUAUUUAUACGAUUGGAAAAUAUAACAUUCAUAUAAUUGUUUAAAAGUUAUAUUUUUUAAAAUGAAUGAAAACUCUCUCAAUGACAAAGAAUCUACUUUGAAUGUCAUACUAGAAAAUAAAUCAAUUGUGACUUAUGCUGGCGAUGAAGCUUUAUUUUUAUCUGUUGAAAGUAAUAUAUUGAACAGUAUAUCUUCCAAUACAGUCGAAUGGCGCAGAUCUUUCAGCCGACCUGUAAAGUCAGUGAGACUAAAAGUUUCUUUUGUGCCGUUUUCCAUAAAUCUUUUGUCUUCGGAAAUCGAUGAGAAUUUGAUGAAACAGCCAAUACUUCACACUUAUUGGAGUGAUUGUUCGGAUCUAGAAGCAUACAAAGUCUCUUUAAAAGACAACAUUGGUAGUUGGCUUAAAAUUCUAAAUCAACGACAAAUUCAAGAUUGGAUGAUUGUUCUAGUUGAUACUUACGACAAUAAAAAAACUAAUAAGUUGAUACCUCGUACAACAGUUCUUGAUAAAAUUCACAAUGAUUUUGCAGCAAAGCAUGGGGAUCGAUGCUUAUCCGUUAUAAAUCCAGCAAAGUUCGAAUCACGUUCAGCUGAAUCUUGGAAAGGACUUAUAUCCAGGAUUCAACAUUUCAUGCUUGUGGCUUAUGAUAAACAACUUAUACAUUUUGAAGAAAUUAUUAGAGAACAGAGAGAACGACGGAAUCAGAAAGAUUGGAGUUUUUGUGAAUAUUUCAUCCUUCAGGAAGAACUCGCUUUCGUUCUAGAAAUGUUAGGAAUAAGCGAUGAAGCUUUGGUUCAGUACGAUGAGCUUGAUGCUUUAUUCACCCAAUUCAUUCUUAAUUGUGAUGUUGGAGAAACCCCACCUUGGUUAACUACAUUCAAAAAUCCUCUGAACGAUUGGCGAGCUAUAAACUUGAAGAAGAAUGUCGAUCAUUUUUCAAGAGGAUUAAUUAGAGAUAAUAAAGCAUCAUUAUUAGAUUUUAGAAACUAUUUAUUUAGUAGACAAUGUGCAUUGUUACUUUCACUUAAGCAACCAUGGGAGAUCGCUCGUCGUUGUUUGUUGUUUGUGUAUAAUACUCUAAGUGAAUUACGAAUACUUGAAGUCAGUCGGCCAAAUGGAUCUGUGGAGUGUUGGUCGGUUCUUUGUGCAUUAGAAAUCUUACACAUUUGUCAAUCAUCAUUGAUAGCUUCUGAUCACAGCCAAUAUCUUGAUCUUUGCUCUUUAUAUACGGCUGGUUUAUGGGCUCUCGCAAGUGAAAAGCUAGGUAAAUUAGGAAAAUUAUGUGGACUUAUGCCCGGUAUGGAUGAACCAACUAGUGAGCAACUUCAUACUGUUGUUUACCUGAUAUCAGGCUUAGAUGAUAUGCGCAUUCAAGAAGAAGUUACAUACACCGAAAAAUUUAAGAGCGCAUUAUCAUCUAAAGAAAUUUUUACAAAACAGUUAUUAGAAUACUCAGAAUUAGCUAUGGGAACUUAUAAGCACAUAGGGAGAAUCAGAUCAGCAAGACAUAUCGGAAAAGAAUUAGCACAAUUUUAUGGUAGUUUGAAUGAAAAACAAACAGCUAUUGCUUUUUUAUUAGAUGCGUUAAAAACUUACAAUGACGAAAAUUGGAUAUUGUUAGUAGUCCAAACUCAAUUAAAGCUUGCUCAGUAUUAUAAAGAAAUGAGUGAUUUUGAAAAAUAUGUAAAAAUGUGUUGUCUGAUUGCUUGUUCAAAAUUGUCACAUAUAGCUGUUCGAAAAAUGUACUUUGAAGAAAUGUUGAUGCACAUCAAAAUGAUGACCAUAGCUAAACCAUUGUGUACUCAAUUUGAUAAUUGUUUUGAAAUACUUAACAUAAAUGUAAGCAUCAUUGAUAAAAACAUAGAAGAUUUUAAAGUGAAUAUAAAUGUGUCACUAAAGUCACUACUACCAAUGCCUAUAGAUAAUGUUUGCGCAAUUAUUUCAGUGGAAAAAAUUCAAGACAUUACUCAUGGCAUGAAAAUGAAGUGUCACCCAGAGUCACCAAUAACGUUAUUAUCUACAUGGAAUAGAAAACGUGUUAAGCCUACAAUUUCACAGUUAACUCAGUUAGAAGUUUAUUCAUACGUAGAUCUUAGAGAAGAUAAAACUACUGAAUCUGCUGGCAUAAUAAAUAAACAUACAACGCAACUAAUUAGUCAAGUUGACAGUGAAAAAUCUAUGAUUGUUGGCGAUAAAAUUAUAAACGAAGUAUUGGCAAAACAUAUUUUCGAUAUAAAAUCUGGUGAAAAUAAUUUUACGAUUUCAAUACUAGAUCAUAAAUCCGGAAUUUAUAAAAUUAAUCAGUUAUCAUUACUCGUUAACGAAAAAUUGAAGUUCCAAUCUGGAAUUAUUACACCACAACUAAAUUAUAAAAUUAUAAAAACUCAACCAUCAAUUUUAAUGAAUAGUCGGAAUCUUGUCACCGGUCUUAUUCAAAAUACUGAACUGAUAAUAUCUAAUGGCAGUGUUAAAAUUCAAAAAGGUACGAAAAUAAAAUUAUGGACUUCAAGAGGUUUAAUGAUAAAACUUGUUGAUAGUUCAAAAAAUCUAUCCAGUGAGGUGGAAGUAGAAUUAUCAGAGUAUGAACCAUGGCAAGUUAUAAAAUUGCAAUUGCAAGUAUAUGCUGAACUGCCACCAAAGAAAGAUUCGUCAUCAAUGGAAUACGAGUUGCAUAUUCAACCACCUUGGGGUAUAGAGGAGAGCAUCUUUUUAACUUUUGACCCUCCGUUAAUGUCUUGUUUAACUAUCCAUACGAUAAAGGAAAGAAAAUUUUUACAAAUUAUUGUUACGGGUCUCACUAAGAAAAUUCUCCAAUUAACUGAUCCAGAAUUGAUUUUAAAUACUUCUGUGGAUAUAAGUUUUAAGAGUCUUAACCCUAUCGCAGGCCAAAAAGUUGUUAUUACUGAUGGAAUCAAAGUGUCUUAUUUAUGGGAAAUGAAAUUAGGAAAAAAUCAUAAGACAGUGCUUCCUUUGAAAAUUGAUUUUACUAUGAAAUAUUUUCUUAUUGAAAAUAAAGAUGAUUUAUAUGAAUUUAAUAUCAGUGACGACCCUCUUCACAUCAAUAAACUUCUGAAAUCGGAAAAAUCGAGUUAUACGUAUCGGUGCCAUUUUGAGAUUUCAAAUUAUGCGUCUAUUUAUACGGUAACAUCAAAAGUGAAGGCAAGUGGGAAUGCGGGUGAAUUUUGUCGUUCCGGAAGCAUAUGCCAUCUUUACUUGAACAUGAUACGGAUAUUACCUGGAGCUAAUAUAAAUAUUUCAUCUCAAGUUAUGUAUGAAGUUUUGGAUGAUCAAUCAAUGUGGGCUAUUUGUGGCCGUACUGCAGGAAUUAUUACGUUUGAUACUUAUGACGAGCAGAGCGUCACUCUCGAUAUCAUGCCAUUAAAGAAUGGAUAUCUACCACUUCCUAUAGUUCGAUUGUCUCGUUAUAUACCUGCUUUAGAAACAAAAAAUGAUAUGAUUCAAAAUAGUAAUCUAAAAACUGGUCCGAGAUUAGAACCUUUUAGCGUAGGACAAAUAUACAAUGCAAGUAAAGCACAACAAGUUCAUGUUUUACCAGCUUAUUCUACUUAACCUGAAUAUAUUAUGCAACUUGACUACGAACCAUCAUAAGAUGUGUAACACAAAAUUCUCAUUUUUCACAAGAUCUAAAUUGCUGCAAAAAGUGAAUUAUUUAAACUUUCGAAGUGAAAUAUGAUAUUUUAUUCGUUAAUAUACUAUCUACUAUUACAUGUUACAAUGAAAGAGAUUUUUUAAAUUAUAUUUUAUUAAAAUUCUUUUCAUUCACGCAGUCAAAAAGCAAACUUAUGGUACUUUAAAGUAAAAGGUUUUCCUGAUGAAUAUAACAGUCAUUAUAACUUUUUUUAACUAUGCCAACUUAGGACUCAAUUUGUAUUUUAUUGAUAUUUCCUAAAAAACGAAUAUUAUCAAAAAUUGUAAAGAACAAUGUUCUCGAAUAUAUGGACAUUCUGAUGAUUGAGUGAGGUGAGCUAUGAUUAAUGUAUUAAAGCUAUUUUCAUCUAAAGUUGUUGAGUGUUGCUUGAAAAUGUAAACUUAUUUUAAUGAAAAUAUGAAUACUUUUUUUUACUUUAUACUUUAUUUUCUACGUAAGCGUAAACAUUAUGGACCAUUUGAAUUAAAUAGCGCAACAUCGAAAUUUUUCAUUAUUACUUCUAUUCACCCUAAUAGAUUAUUAAACCCAAGAGCGAUCCACUGACUUUUCAAGCUAAACUAAAAACUUUCGGCUGUUUUCAAGUAAUAUGUUUGUGACAAAGUGAAUUUUGUCGAUCAGCCCCACUGGCUCUGGUUGCAUGUUGCAUCCUAGAACUUCGGUGAUUAUACAUAAGCCAAAUCAGAUAUAGUUUUAACAAGUAAGUAUUAGAAGCAGAAUAAGAAUAAGUUGGAAAAGAAUAGGAUGCGUCCGUAAUCAGAUAGUUUAGACAAGAAGAUACCAGGUGAGGAAAAUAGAGACAAAAGGACAAACGUAGUUGAAUACGGCAGGAAAGUCUUAGGUUUUUAAUCUUUUUUUUAGUAAUUACGCUUAAAAACUUUUUUAGUCCAAUUUCUUCUAAUAUGAGAGUUCCGGAACUGACGUUGUAUUACAGCUAUGCUGUUAUUUUUGACUUCGAUAAUUACUUCACAAUCAACAAUUGCGUUAAUAAACGCUGAAUUCGGCACAUAUUGAAUAUGUGUUACGGAGGUGCGUAUGUGUAUUUCAAUUCCAAGCUUUUUUUUAUUAUAUU